AUGUUUAUUAUCAGUCUGGGGCGACUCGUGCUCAGCAGCAUCAAAUUCAGCAUGAAUCUCCUGAAGGAGCUUUGUCGGGCGCACCACGUGGAAGGAUACUCCAGGAGGAAUCCGCUUGCGAAAGAGCUAUUCCUACAAGCGCUCCUUUGGUCGUGCGAUCCCAACUGUAAUGCUUGUUCAAAUGGGUAUGUUUUGAGAAGGCAACAAGCGGCGAGUCCCGUGACUCCGCCCCCAUUGCUUCCCCGAGCACAGAGCAGUGGCAUACGCAUCAAAACCUGUUGACGUGCUCCAAACCGAACUGAACGAGGAAGCCCAGAAGAAUCGCGAGAACGUCUCGGCGACUACCUCUAAACAAAGGAUGCACAGACGUCCACCGCUGGGUCCCGAACCCGAACAAGAAGUACCCGGUAAAGUGACAUCGCAUUUUGCCGCAGCAUCCGAUCAGUUCGAGACCGAGAACCGUUCUGAAUGGAAUGAUUACUCAUCGACGCUCGUUCCCGUCUCUUCUGCUGCCUGGUGUGUUCCGAGAGAGUCUUCGGGCAUAACGUACGAUGGGUGCCUGAAGACGACAUCAAGCGUGAGGAAUCAGGGAUUUGGAAGGUAACCAACUCUACACUACGGACGGACCUCCGACCCCCGACUUACGAGUUUUCAGCUUGA